AUGUCAUCUCCAUCUCCCCAUACCAUUUCCAUCUCCCACCUGGCGGAUUUCAAACCCCCAGCUCUUUCCCGCGCCUGGGUAUCAAUACCUAAUCCAAAUAAUAUACCCCUCAUCGCGACGCCCACCUCAGACAAGACAGUACGCGUUUACUCCCUCGCCAACUUUACGCUGCAUAGUAAAUUGGAGAAUGCGCAUGAUAGGAGCGUGAGGAGUGUGGCAUGGAAACCUACGAGCAAGAGGACGAGCAAGAUGUCUGUUGCGACUGGGAGCUUCGAUGCGACGAUGGGGAUAUGGCAUCGCCAUGAGCAGUUCGGCGCGGGUAGCAUAGCGGAGCAAGGCGUACCCAAUGGGGACGACGAUGAUGCGAUUGAGAUGGAGAUUUCAAGUCUGGGAGAAGCGAAGCCGCAUCGCGGGCAAAUGCGCGACGAUGACGAAUCAGAUACCUCGACUGCGGAGGAUUGGGAAUAUAAUAUCGUGUUGGAGGGCCAUGAUAGCGAGAUCAAGUGUGUGGAUUAUUCGCCUUCUGCGCAGUACUUGGCAUCUUGCAGUCGGGAUAAAUCGAUAUGGGUUUGGGAGGAGAUAGGAGAGGACGGCGAAGACGAAUUCGAGACGGUGGCGGUACUACAAGAGCACGAUGCAGAUGUCAAAUGCGUAUGCUGGCGCAAAGACGACGGAGAGGGGGAAGUACUUGCCAGCGGCUCAUACGACGACACGAUCCGAUUAUGGCGUGGCGAUGACGAAGGAGAAUGGUCAUGCAUCGCGGUACUGGAGGGACACGAUGGAACCGUCUGGGCCUUGCAAUGGGAGCCAGAAGUCGUGCAAAAGAGAUUCGCAGUCUCACACGGCACAGAUAACGAGAGCGAAUAUAUUCGACGAACCGCCCGUCUCCUUUCCUCCUCGGCAGACUUGACAAUUCGAGUCUGGACCAAAGUCCCCUCGCCUCCACCAAUGAAUAAGCCUUCUUACUUCUCGCAUGGAAUCCCUUCGACCAUGCGACCGGGUCCUUCUGAGGAGACGUGGAAAUGUACUGCUACACUCCCAAAGGCUCAUACUUUGCCUAUCUACAGCAUUUCAUGGUCUCAGUUGAGUGGUCGGGUGGCUAGUACGAGCAGUGAUGGGCAAAUAGUCAUCUAUGAAGAACAAACCAGAGGACGAACGAGUGUCGGUGGUGAGAUUGAGCGAGAAUGGGUCGUGAUUGGUAUUCUGGAAGGAGCACAUGGGCCGUAUGAAGUUAACCAUGUUACGUGGUGCAAGCGGUAUGAUUCAGGGAGGAAAUCGGAUUCAGAGGAAAUGCUUGUAUCGACUGGAGAUGAUGGAGCGGUUCGUGCUUGGUCUGUUAAAGAGACCACACAGGCGAAUUGA